GUCAUCAUGUCUAAAAUCACAGUCGCCGGAGUGCGUACCAACGUCAGCGAACUGCUUGACUACUCUCUCAACACCAAGAAGCGGAACUUCCUCGAGACCGUCGAACUCCAGAUCGGCCUCAAGAACUAUGACCCUCAGCGUGACAAGCGUUUCUCUGGCACCAUCAAGCUGCCUGCCAUCCCUCGCCCUAACAUGACCAUCUGCAUCUUGGGUGACCAGCACGAUCUUGACCGUGCUAAGCACGGUGGUGUCGACGCUAUGUCUGCUGAUGACUUGAAGAAGCUCAACAAGAACAAGAAGCUUAUCAAGAAGCUCGCUCGCAAGUACGAUGCUUUCGUUGCUUCUGAGGCUUUGAUCAAGCAGAUUCCUCGUCUCUUGGGUCCUGGUCUGUCCAAGGCUGGUAAAUUCCCUACCCCUGUCUCUCACGCCGAUGAUCUCACUGGCAAGAUCAACGAAGUCAAGUCCACGAUCAAGUUCCAGCUCAAGAAGGUUCUCUGCAUGGGUGUCGCCGUCGGAAACGUUGGCAUGACCCAGGAUGAGCUAGUUGGCAACAUCAUGUUGGCUAUCAACUACCUUGUUUCGUUGCUGAAGAAGGGCUGGCAGAACGUCGGUAGCUUGACCAUCAAGGCUACCAUGUCUCCCCCUAAGCGCCUUUACUAGACGCUGUUUCGGCAUAAUACGUCACUGGAGGACGUAGUACUGGUAGCGCUAGCACUUAGGAUUGUAGUCACAGCGCUCAGAUAGGGCAAAUAAACUGAACCUCCCAGACUA